UUUAGGGUUUAGGGUUUUUCGGCAUGGCGACUCUCUCGGCUUCCAAGUCGCAGCCUCUCUAUCUUCUCUACGAGGCGCCGUCGGGCUACUCGAUCUUCGAGGCGCACGGGCUCGACGAGAUUGGCCAGGCCGCGGCGGCCGUCCAGGAAUCCAUCAAAGAUCUCAAUCGAUUUGGCAAUGUCGUCCGCCUCGUCACUUUCAAGCCAUUUGAGUCGGCCGCCAGCGCGCUGGACCAGUGCAAUGCCAUAUCAGAAGGGAUCAUGACCAGCGAGCUGCAAGAGUUUUUAGGCUCUUGUCUCCCCAAAGUGAAGGCGGGAAAGGCCGCCAAGUUCUCUCUGGGCGUGGCGGAACCAAAGCUGGGGUCUCAAAUCCAAGAGAGUCUGGGCGUUCCCUGCCAGAGCAAUGAGUUUGUUGCAGAGUUUUUGCGUGGCAUUCGUCUCCAUUUUUCUCGUUUCGUCCGUGAUCUCAAGGAGGGAGAUGUGGAAAGAGCCCAGCUUGGUCUUUCUCAUAGCUACAGCAGAGCCAAAGUGAAAUUCAACGUGAAUAGGAUCGACAACAUGAUAAUCCAGAGCAUAAGCUUGCUGGAUACGCUCGACAAAGAUAUCAACACAUUUGCCAUGAGAGCCAAAGAGUGGUAUUCAUGGCAUUUUCCGGAGCUGGUUAAGAUUAUUAGCGACAACUACAUAUACGCAAAGCUCUGUACGUUCAUCAAGGACAAAUCUACUCUCGCGGACGAGUCACUUGAAGAGCUGACAGAGAUUACCGGGGAUGAGGACAAGGCAAAGGAAAUUCUUGCGGCUGCGAAAUCAUCCAUGGGUCAGGACAUUUCUCCCAUCGACUUGAUCAACAUCCAGGCUUUUGGAGAAAGGGUUGUCCGGCUUGUGGAGUUCCGAACCGUGCUCCAUGGGUAUCUCGUGUCCAAGAUGCAUGGAAUUGCGCCAAACUUGGCUACUCUUAUCGGAGAGAUUGUUGGCGCCCGACUUAUUUCACAUGCAGGGAGCCUCUCAAACCUGGCUAAGUGUCCUGCUUCAACAGUUCAGAUUCUCGGAGCAGAGAAAGCUCUAUUCAGGGCUUUGAAGACCAAAGGUAACACGCCAAAGUAUGGUCUCAUCUUCCAUUCUUCGUUCAUUGGGAGGGCUUCAGCGAAGAACAAGGGCCGUAUUUCCCGAUACCUGGCAAACAAGGCCAGUCUUGCAACGCGGCUUGACUGCUACCUGGAAACGAGCACAAAUGCUUUUGGACAAAAGCUGAAGGAGCAAGUGGAAGAACGGCUUGAUUUCUAUGACAAGGGUGUGGCGCCUCGGAAAAAUAUCGACGUAAUGAAGCUGGCCUGCAAAGAGGCGCUGCAACAGCAAUCGAAUGCUGACGUGGAGAUGGAAGACGCCGCAGAAAAAGAGAAAAUAGCACAAGAUGGAGAAGCCUUUCCAGAAGAUGGAAAGAAGAAAAAGAAGAAAAAGAGGAAGAGUGACGCCGAGCCCAUGGACAUGGAUGAGCCGCAGCCAGCUGCCGAAAAGAAGAAGAAGAAGAAGAAAGCGAUUUCGGAGGAGGAGAACGGGCAUCCAUCAGUUGCAGUCGAGGACGAGCCUGUUUCAAAGAACGAGCCAAAGAAGAAGAAAAAGGCUAAAAAAUCUGCCGAAGCGGCUGAGGAGGUGUCAAAGAAAAAGAAGAAGCGAAAGAAUGCUGCCGAGUAACUUAAAACUACGAAAGCCAUUAUAGCUGAAGAGGAGAGAAUACAGCCUACAUAGCGCUCUUCUUCCAAGCCUGCCGCGCAGCAUCGCGUUCCUGGAAACAAAACACCAAACAGGGAUGUAUCAUUUUUUCCACUUGUUUCUAUUUUUUUUUUUCCAACUUGUGACUUUAAAGAACCACUUACUUUUAUUGCUUCCA